CUCAGACUAUAUUAUACGGAGUAAGUUUACCCAUUCUUCCUACCGAAGACCCACUGUGCUCCCUCAUUUUUUCCUUUGUUAAUCAAAAGUCGUUACAGAUAGAAACUGAAAACUUUGACAAAUUACUAUAUACACAUGUUGAAUCUUUUAGGCACCUGUGGACGCUCUCAUCUUGAUGGUGAUGAAUAUGGCUUGGAUGAUCUGAGCCCAUGUUCAAGCCCCAAGGGAUCGUCGAAGAAGGCUGCAUUCAACAACCCUUACGCAGAUCGUGGCCUCGACAAGUUCUCUGCACUCUUAGCUGAUAUUGAAGCCAUGAAGCAGAAAAUCUACACCCAGAGGGAUUCAGAUCAGAUCUCCUUCGUCCGUUUCGCCUUCUCAAACUCCAACCAUGUCAAGCCCAUCGUUGUCAAGAGAAAGAAGGGCAAGAGCAAGAAGAGGAAGCCUGAAAAUGACAGAGGUGCAGCAGACAAGGAAGGAUCUGAGCAGCGUGCGAUCAGAUCAGCGGGAAGUGAAGUUCAAGAAACUGGGGAUGAUGAUGGGAAGAAACUGCCGUCUAAGGGGUUUCCUUGGGAGAUGAAUCAAAGGUGUUGCUUGCCUGUGGCUGUAAUCCUGGCUUUGGCUUCCUUGGCUGUUUAUGGGAGGGCCUUUGCAAUUAUGUGCGCUUCAAUUGGGUGGUAUGUGAUUCCCAUCAAUACAGAAAGUCCAGCUGCAUCAAGCGUUAGUGGCUCCAGAAAGAAGAUGAGAAAAUUGAGCUCCAAAGUACUCAGUGUGUGAUGUUCAACUGGACAUGAGAAAGGUUUUCUUGAGCUUAGUUUCAUCUCCACCUUCCCUAUCUUCUGGUGUGCUUUCGUGAUUUUCUUGCACCUUAUAUCUUCUUCUUUUUGUUCCUUUUGUUCUCAAUAAAUGUAAACUCUUUUGCAGUUGUUGCCUUUAAAGUGUGUUUGGGGAUUUGAUUAUACAGAUUAAGUGUGUUUGGUUGAAGGAAGAAUUCUUUCUAUCCUGCUGUUCCCCCUUUUAAUCCCCUCCAAGCAAAGUACCAAACACACUAGUACACUGUAAAUAUUAUUUGUACUCUGUGUAUACAGGGUUCUCAUGUUUCUUGUUUUUGGAGAGUUCAAGGAAUGUAAUUGUUGUGAUAUGUUGUUGAUCAAAUUUGUAAGCGUAAGUAAUCACACAAGUGUGUGUGUUUGUGUGUAUAUAUAUCAGUCAUCAUUCAACGAGUACUCAAUUCAAGU